GUGUCUGUUGGACUCUGGAUAGAUUUAGCGCAUGCGCACUUCGUAGUUGGUCUGCGUGUCAUGUUGAUGAAUGCUAAAACUGGGUAGUCAACAUGUCCACCGCUGCUGCUCAACAAAACAAUAACGAAGAGCCCGGGCUUCACGGCUCCUGGGUAGAGCUGGAGCUGAAUGGGAACACAGGGGCUCAGGGCGUGCAGACCAACCAGCCAAUGACACCCGCUGCAGACCAAAUAAACGCAAAUGCUGGCAUGAGUCAAACUCUGCAGACCUUGGAAGUGGUGCCUGAGAGUGAUGAAACCCUUAUUGGAGGACUAGAGCAUGUGCCGUCGUCCUCCUCUAUUCACAAUGGAGACAUGGAAAAGAUCCUCUUGGAUGCACAGCAUGAAUCCAGCCAGAGUAGCUCCUCUUGUGAUAGUCCUCACAGGCCACCAAGUCCAGAUCAGGAUGAGGGUCAGAUAACUUUUGAUGUGGAGAUGUCCAGCCCAAGAGAUAGUCAGUCAGAGGAAGAUGGUCCAGAGAAGGACAGAGAGGAGGACAUCCUGAUGAACAAAGAAGUAGACUGGGUCGCUGAUUGGUCCAGCAGACCGGAAAACGUUCCACCAAAGGAGUUCCACUUCAGGCACCCCCGACGUUCAGUAUCUCUCAGUAUGAGAAAGAGUGGAGUCAUGAAGAAAGGCGGCAUCUUCUCUGCUGAAUUCCUCAAAGUGUUCAUCCCUUCCUUACUCAUCUCACACAUCCUCGCUCUUGGCCUCGGGGUGUACAUUGGGAAGAGAAUUGCCACAGCCUCCACCAGCUCUUACUGAAUAGAAGACGAAGCAGUGCCUGGAUGUUCUCCUGUCUCCAAGUCUCUCAACCAUCCUCCUGUAGUCAAGCUGUCUCUCUGCAUCUAUUGUACGCCCACAUUUCCCUUCCAAUCAGCAUUAAAUUCUGUCACAUUGUAGAUGUAGUUAUAGAGUUAUACACAUGACGUAAUGUGGUUGCACUCCAUCACAUUUUGACACAGGGGCAACGUUGUACCCAGCAGCUGCCACCGACUUGAAUCCAGUAUAUGACUGACCCUAUUAGAGCUGCAAAAUAUUAGUCAUCCUGUUCAACUCAAAAAAAUAUGCGGCGAGGAUUUGACGUCAGGUGGCUUCAGGGUUGAAGUUUUCUCUAUGUGUUUUGAUGUUAUGUCAUGAGAAAUCUGGCCUUCUCCCAAGCUGCAUCUCUGCACUGGUGUUCCAGCUGGCAGAGUGUAUGAACCAAAAAUAUGCGCCAUAUCUGCAAUACAAACAAACCGAAUUGGCUCCGGGAACAGAGGGGACUCUUAUCGCCUUAACUUUUUGAGCUUAACAUUCAAGUUGCAGUUAUUAGGGGGGAGGAGAAAAAUGCUGCACAGUGGGAUAUGUUUUUAAAUGCCACACUUUUUUGAGAAUAGAAAUUGUAUCAUGUUGACUCCUGAAGCUUUCUUUUAAAAGCUUUGUUUUUUUGAAGGUUGGAAAGCUUAAACAUUGAUAUGUAGCUCCAAAAUUUUACAGUGGGGUUGUUUGAGUUUAUGAUAGUGAAACUUAGGGCGGAUGGCAAUUUACCAGGCCAUAUGCUAUUUUUAUUUUCCUUUUGCCUACAUAUCUUCUUCUUUAACAUAAUAUAGCAGCAAUGGCAAAGUGCCAAAUUUCUAUCUUUCACCACUGCACAUCGGUGAUUUAUCUUAGACUGUUUUUUUUUUUGACAUGUUUAGGUAUUUAAAAAUGUAGAUGUGAAAAAAUAAUUUAAGCUGUGAUCUGCCCUAUGUAAUAGACACCUUUUGACAUUGUAUACUUUGUUUAUACAUUGAUAUUAAUGCAUAUUAUAUCAUUGUUGUUACAUAGCGUCGUGGCAGUGUGCGUAAUGUGUUUUUGCUGUCAUUUAAUUGCUGGUGCGUCGGUGGCAGAAGCCACCACAGAGGAAGGUAUCUCCAGGGGCCUCAUUUAAGAGUGUUAUCUGACUUCGAUGUAGAUUACACUGUGCAAUCGUUUCACAUUAUAAGAUACAAUAAACAGUGUACAGUGUGCGUAGAACCUCCAGAAAAAACUAGAGGAGCAUUUCCUGAAGAAAAGCAUGUGACUUCUGUAUAUUGAUGCUGACUGGAUGACUGGAUGAUUCUUCUGUCAGUUGUUUGUAAAUGGAUGACAUUAUAGAAUCAUGUGAAAAAAUCAUUCACCAUAAUGUACAGUGUUGGCAGUAUUGGUUUAAAAGCACUCAACAUGCAUUUAGGCUUUAAUGCAGUAAAUGACUCAUACUAACUCAUAAACUGUACAUGUCGUUAUAACAGGCUUGUGUACAGUUAAUCAGUGUGCAAUACAGAACAUUUUGGAAUUUGAAUAAAGUUUGUACUGUA